AUGCUCUUUUUAGUAUUGGGGACGGCAAAUCACCGAGUCCGGAUGGAUACACAUCUUGUUUUUUCAAAAAAAUCAUGGGAUAUUGUUGGCAAUGAUUUCAUGGAGGAAAUUGAAGAAAUUUUUGCAUCGAGGUCUCUACUCAAGCAAAUCAAUCACACCAUCAUUGUUUUAGUACCAAAGGGUAAUCAUUCUACAUCGGUUGGGGAUUAUAGGCCCAUUGAUUGUUGUAAUGUCUUUUAUAAAGUCAUUACAAAGAUCCUAGCUUCUCGUUUGAAACCUAUGCUUGAUUCCAUUGUUGACCAAGCACAAACCGUUGUUGUGGAAGGACAGAGCAUGAUUGAAAAUAUUCACUUGGCACAAGAGCUUUUGAGGCAAUACAAUCGCAAGAGGAUGGCUCCUAGAUGUCUUCUUAAAAUUGACCUAAGGAAGGUCUAUGACUCUGUGAAUUGGGAUUUUCUUGCUAAAGUCCUUGAGGAAUUGGGUUUCCCCAAUAUGUUUGUUGAUUGGAUUAUGGAGUGUGUGACAACUCCAUCUUAUUCCAUUGCUCUUAAUGGAGUCCUUCAGGGUUUUUUCAAAGGAAAGAAAGCUCUACACCAAGCUUUUACGGAUGAUUUGAUGCUUUUUGUUAGAGGGGAUGUAAUGUUGGUGGAUAUCUUAAUGAAAUGUCUUUCAAAUUUUGGUGCCAUGUCGGGUCUCAAUAUAAAUGUUGGGAAAUCUUGUAUUUACACUGCGGGGAUUCAUGGUCAAGAAUUGGAGGAUAUCCUUGCUUUUUCUCAUCUCACAAUUGGUACCAUGCCAUGUCGUUACUUGGGCAUCCCACUUGCGGCGAAAAAAUUGAAAGUUAGUUUAUACGAUUCUUUCACCAAUAAAAUCUCUUCCUAUAUUGGUACAUGCUUGACUUCUUCAUUAUCAUAUGCGGGUAGAGCGAAAUUUGUGCCAGCCGUUCUACAAGGAGUUGAAUGUUUUUGUUUAUCAAUUUUUCCCAUUCCGGCAACGCAAAAAGGAUCUCUAUGGAUUAAAUGGAUAAAUGAAGUACACCUUCGAGGUUUGGAUAUUUGGAAAUACAGAGUGAAGAAAGAUGAUUCUCCACUUCUUAAAAAGUUGCUGGAAAUAAGAGACAGUAUUGUUGAAUCACAUAGCGACGAACAAGCUGGAAUUAACAGAUUAUGUAGCGGGACAAAUUCUGAGAUUUUCAGCACCAAAGCUGCCUAUGAUUUCUUCGGACCGAAAGAAGUUAAAACCGGCUGGCCACCUCUGUUUGGGAAUGUUCUAUCACUCCUAAACAUUCAUUCAUCCUUUGGUUAG